AUGGCCGCUAUAGUUUCUUUGCCUCCCACUCUUCCUAGACUUGAUAAGGCUCUGGAGAUCCAGGACUUUAGCAAGAGCUCUGCUCUAUACAACGAGCUUCUCGAUGAUGCGGAUCAGCCUGCCGUUGCUGAUGAGCACAUUGAGAACCUAGCGGAAAUAUUCGUCCGUCACAAUGCGGACAAGUCACUUGGUAUUCACUUGAUCCACGGCCACUUCAAAAUCCCCAAGAACACCGUCAUGCUUGGGACCAACUUCGAGAACAACUCCCUUCGAUGGACGAGAAUCACCAACAUCAGCGGCAUCGACCCCUCCCGUGUCCAUGGGCAUAUUUUCGCCCUCACUCAGGACGGCUUGUGCGCGUACGAGUUACAAGAUGGGCCUCUUCCGGAUCUGUCCAGCGUAGGACCUGGAUUUCUUGACGAGUUUCUCACGUAUAUCCUCAACAACAAUCUCGCCAGCCUCAUUGGCCUCCAAGUCCUCGGCUGCGAAGAUGGCUCCAUGGAGGAGCUUAUUCUAGAUGAAGGAACUGUCAUGGUGGAUUCGCUUUCUGUGAAAAACACUGUGCCGACCCGCAUUACAGGCUGGAAAUUCGAGACUUCUGAUGGCAACCCACGUGUUCGCGCAUCAAACGAAACACAUGCGAAAAUCAACACGGGUAAUCACAGGGUCUUCAAUGCAGGAAAGCCUAUUCCUAAGUUGGAGAAUGUAGAAGACUUGAAAGCCGCUCUUGCUAUGGCCGGUGUCCUUUAG